CCAUCCCCCCCCCCGACCGAGCGAGGGAGGGGGUUUUGCCCGCCCAGCCCCCGCGUGGGACGAGGGGACUCGCCGCCCGGCCCCGCUCUCAGGGUGUGUCCCGGGGCGGAGGCUGGACGUCGGCAGGAGCGUCUCCUUCUCCCGCUGCGGCCCGCCCAGGGCUUCCCUCGGCUGGGAGGAGUCCGGCUGGUUCCUGCCCAUGGAGCCGCUCCGGAGCUGAGCACCGGGAGCAGAGCCGCCGCCGCCGCCUGCCCCCCCAGCCCCCCUUUGACUUGCAAACCUCCCUGGGGGGUGAGCUGGGAUCCCCCCCGCGAGCAUCCAGCCCCUGUCCGCCAUGGGCGAUGUUAUCUCCACUCACCUGGACGAGAGCCGGCGCCACUACAUCUCAGAGAAAACCGGGAAGGUGCUGGGGGAAUUCUGCCAGUUUUACGAGGAACAGUAUGGAGUCGCGCUCUUCAACAGCGUCCGGUAUGAAAUCGAGGGCAAUGGAGGGCCGCAGUCCCAGCUGCUCCACCGCAAGGUGCCUCUGGAGGACCGCGUCAUCAUCUCGGGGAACCUCUUCCAGUACGUGGAGGAAAACAAGAAGUGGCGAAACCGCUUCAGCGUCGUGCCACACAACUACGGCCUAGUGCUAUACGAGAACAAACUGGCCUAUGACAGAGGGAUUCAGCCUCGAAUAGUCCUCAACAGCGCCGGCUACAAAAUCCUCACCUCGCUGGACCAGUAUCUUGAGCUUGUCAAUAGCAGUUUACCAGGGACAGCCCCCAAAUCCGGCAAUGCCCCGAUCCUCAAGUGCCCCACCCAGUUUCCUCUCAUCCUUUGGCACCCGUACUCCCGUCACUACUACUUCUGCGUGAUGACCGGGAAGGAGCAGGACAAAUGGCGAGCGGUGUUCCAGGACUGCGUGCGUCACUGCAACAAUGGGAUCCCAGAGGACUCCAAGGUGGAGGCCCCAGCCUUUACGGAUGCCGUCCGCAUGUACCGGCAGUCGAAGGAGCAGUACGGCACCUGGGACAUGCUCUGUGGCAACGAGGUCCAGGUCUUGAGCAAUCUGGUGAUGGAGGAACUGGUCCCAGAACUGAAAACCAUGAUCGGCCCCAAGCUGAAGGGCAAGGCCCAGGAGAGGCAGAGAGUCUGGAUACAGAUCUCGGAUGCUGUCUACAGGCUCGCCUAUGACCAGAUAAAGGCGCACUAUGAUGCGGUGGUGACAAAAUGUGAGCUGGAGCGUCCCAGAAUGGAGAGCACCAUUCGCACGGACAUGGACCAGAUCAUCACAUCAAAGGAACACUUAGCCAGCAAAAUCCGAGCCUUUGUGCUGCCCAAAGCAGAGAUCUGUGUCCGAAACCAUGUGCAGCCCUAUAUCCCUUCCAUCCUGGAGGCGCUGAUGAUUCCCACAAGCCAGGGUUUUGCCGAAGUCCGGGAAGUGUUCUUCAAGGAGGUCACGGACAUGAACAUGAACGUAAUCAACGAGAGCGGGAUGGAGAAGCUGGGAGAGUACAUGGAAAAGCUCUCCCAGCUGGCCUUCCACCCUGUCAAGAUGCAGUCCUGCUAUGAGAAGAUGGACCAGCUGAAACUGGAGGGGCUUCAACAGAGAUUUGACGUCUCCAGUGCCUCCGUGUUCAAGCAGAGGGCCCAGAUCCUCAUGAGACAGCAAAUGGACGAUGCCGUUCACACGUUCGGGACGCUCCUGCACCAGGAGCUGGCGAAGAUGCUGGGCAAAGAGGAGCUGUGCAAGUCAAUCCAGCGGAUCCUCGAACGGGUGCUGAAGAAAUACGACUACGACAGCAGCACCGUGCGCAAGAAGUUCUUCAGGGAAGCCCUGCUCCAGAUCACCAUCCCCUUCCUGCUGAAGAAGCUGGCGCCAACCUGCAAGGCGGAGUUACCAAAGUUCCAGGAACUGAUCUUCGAGGACUUCGACAGCUUCAUCCUGGUGGAGAACACGUACGAGGAGGUCGUGCUGCAGUCGGUCAUGAAGGACAUCAUGCAGGCUGUGAAGGAGGCAGCGGUGCAGAGGAAGCACAACCUGUACCGGGACAGCAUGGUCAUGCACAACAGCGACCCCAACCUGCACCUGCUGGGCGAGGGCCUGCCCAUCGACUGGGGAGAGGAGUUCAGCAGCCAGCCGGACUCGGACCCAUCUGCCGAGAAGCGCCGCAGAGCCAGGCAGGUGGUGUCGGUCCUCCACGACGACGAGGGAGCCCUGCCCUACGAGGCCGGGGCGGAGGUGCUGAUGCACCAGGUCUCCCAGGAAGAGCCUGGGUCGGAGGAGCUGGAGGCCUGCCCUGCCCUUGUUUCACCGGGUUCUCCUGACAGCGUGCAGGGGAUCCGGGGGAUGCUGGUGAAGGAGUUCUCUGUGGAGACCCCGGUCCCGGCAAGAGAGGAGGCAAAGGAACCGCUGACGAAUGGUACGAUAGUCCAGCAGAGCGGCAGCUCUGAGGAGCGCAGGGUGGAGCGAGCUGCCCAGAAGGCCGAGGAAGGCCCUGGCUCCUUGGAACACUCCGCCCAGCAUGACGCCGGCUCCCCAGGCCUAGCGAACCCGGGGGUGGAGGAGCAGGAAGCCAAGCCAGCUGUGCCCGCCGCUCCAGCCCAGCCGCCUGCCCUGACAGCUGCCUCGUUGCUCGCUGAGGGGGGAGCUGAAGUGAACCGCCACAAACCCAACGACAAGGAGACGGGGGAAAAGGUGUCCACCCAGGCCCAUGCGGAGAAGGUGGAGCCUGGCCAGCCGGCCACCGGGACCAGCGCGGGGACCACCAGGAACAGCACGGGGACCAGCGAGGGGACCACCGAGAACAGCGAGGGGACCACCGAGAACAGCGAGGGGACCACCGAGAACAGCGAGGGGACCACCGAGAACAGCACGGGGACCAGCGCGGGGACCACCGAGAACAGCGAGGGGACCACUGAGAACAGCGAGGGGGUGCAGACUCAGUUCUAGGUCAGCCCCCCCCCGGUCGAGAUCCCUGUGUACACGGUGUGCCAAAGGUGGACUGGAGUCAGUGACACCAGGGGGGCUCGUAGGCUGGGCCAGUCGCUGGCACUGGUAGCUGUUACAUUCCCAGUUUCUGAAGCAGACUCGGCUUCGGACACCAGCGUCCCAGGGAAGGGGGUGGGGGGAGCCACCGAGGUGUAAGAUCUCCUAAACUGCACACCCACUUAGAGGGGAGCUGUGUGCUGGCCAGAACCAAGCCGCCAUGCUGGCCAAGCCAUUGCCCCUCCUCCCAGGACUCUGGCUCGGUAUAGGAUACCCGCACACGCACACCUUGCUCCGUCUUCCUUUGUUGUUUUCCCUUUGUUGAAGAGACACUUUACUGCAUUACUCAGCUAACAAGAGUGUGACUGUGGGAAUGCCUGGGGUUUCCCGUAGGCAGGAGCUCCCCAGGACAUCUGCACAGAGUAUGCCAGCGGGCACCUGAUGCCCUGGGGGGGUGGUUGUAGGGAUUCCCCUUCCCCUUCCAACAAUCCAGCCCUUCCUUUCGUCUGAUACUUCUCAUUCCAACCAAAGAGGUCAAUGAUUCACGCCACGCUUCUUUCUCAAGCACGGUGGCUGCAGUCAGAGGCCACCUGCCGGUAUCCAUCAUUUCUCCUCCGAACGAGCCUGCGCGCAAGAGCCCGGCUGAGAUAGAAUGUGCACUCCCCCCCUCUGCCCUUGCGAAUGCUGACACUGCCCCCCCGGAGAGAUGCACCUCUCCCCCAAGCCACAUGGCCAAUGGGAUGCCCCUUGUCUGCUACGAAGUACUGUUCAAGCCAGCGCCAUGACUUUAACGUGUCUUGCCGCACGCUCUGGCAGAGGGAGGGUUCAAUGAGUCACAAGCGAACUGCAAUCUGUCUUUUCUGAUUGGCCCCUAAAGAAGGAGCGUCAACGGCGGAGGAUGGGGCUGUUGCUUGCCUAGUUUCUGGCCGCAUUAGUGCAUCGCUGAAGAAUAAAUAGAACUAGCUGGUGUGGGUAAUUCAGGGCAGCGCCUGAACUCUGUUGCUCCGGGCCUUCCUCGCAUGGGCUGGUCUGACUGUGGGUUCCCCUGAUGGCUCCAAAGAUUGUCCACUUGCAGGGUCAGUGGUGGGAUGGAAGGAGCCACAAAUACCUCUCCGCUAUCACCAUCUCCUCCACGUCCCUCCUCCCCUGUUAUACACACAGGUUAGGACUGCGAUGUAAACUUGAGAGUUCAUCCCCGGGCUUGCGGGAGAGAACUGGUGGCCGUGGAAAGAGACGACAAGGAUCGUUGGUCAUGCGUAGAUUGAGCUGUAAAUGACUUACGCUGUCCAGUGCCAUUCUGCUCCUGGGAGUCUUUAGUGGAUGCUUGAUUCCCUUGUUCAGUUAAAAACAGCUAUUGUGAUACAUCUCUGAAGCUUUAGAACCAGCCAUGUAUUUUUCUUUCCUCCCCUUGCUUCUGGUAUGUGGUUUCUCCAAAGCCCCGGUGAGAGGUGGCCCCACCACUCAUCCCUUUCCUUGCAAGUCCCCUGUAGCCUUGAACCUACCAAAGAUGGUCCCCGACAAGCUUAGCUGAUUUGUUUACAAAUGCUAAUGGCCACAUGAAUGUUGUUGAUGGAUGUUCUCCUUCCCUUUCCUUAAAAUGUGGAGGGGGGGUAAGGGGAGAGAGCGGAAACCUCCUUGGAAGGCCAGGGUAGGUGAAAUAGUGUUUUCGGAAGCUUUUCAGGCAGGAAUGGAGAGGAAGUUGGCUUUGCAGGGAGAGAAUUAAAGGUCCCAGAGAAGGCCAGAAAUCUAGGUGCAUGGUUCAGAGGGAGAGAUCUCCCAUUGCACCGGAGAGGAGGCUGCAGGCUGGCAGGGAGGAGGCUUCAGCCUCUGACGUUGUAGGACUCUGGCCGGUUGCUAAUCGGCGAUUCCCACCUGCACGUGAUGGUGUGUUUAGGGCUCUUAUUCUCAUUGGGCUUGCUUUUGGGGAGUGCUGAGUAGCUCCUGGGUAGGAGGUGGCUUGGGGUGAGCUGGGCUGUUGUUGUUGAAAACCUCCUAAUAGUAGUGAGAGAAACAAGUGCCUUAAUGGCGAAAGGGGUCUUGAUACAACUAUGCUCAGCUCUUGGCAAUCACCAACCCAAUCGGGAAUUUCAUUGCACUGAGGGUGGACUGGCCUGGGAUACUUUUCCUGUCCCAGGAGAUGUGGCUUAGGUAGGAGAGAGACACCUGCUCCUGCGGAGGGAAAGGAUGCAAUUUGUCUGCAUGCCUUCCCUCCCCCACCCCCCUCAGCCAGUCAGGAAAAUCUCUAAAUAUGGGGGGGGUCUCGCUUUCAUUUUCCCACUGGGUCCCUAGUUAGUCUCUUCCCCUCCCCCACAUCCAACUCUUCUGAAAGAGCUCUGCUGAGAUUACAUGCUCUUUCCAGCACACAGAACAUGCUGGGAAUAAAUUUCCCCUGUUCCUUUCUGAGUUUGUGCUACCCCAGGAUGCCAGCUAAAUCCACCCUGACCCCCUGGAGGUAUUUGACUUUGCUGGGACAUGACAAAAGGAUCUCUUACUGGUGCCCAGCGUGAAGCCUGUGCCUUGUGGUGGGCUUAGCUCUUGGUGCAUUGCAAGGGUUAAGUUCUCCUGGAAACACCUGUCAGGGUGGGAGGGGAGGAGAGAUAGGAGGUCACUGGCUCUGUCUGCCCCCACUGGGCUUUGGGGCUUGUGCAAACAAGAUAAACUUCUGGGAUGAGGUCACCUUAAAGCAAAAGCGUAGCUGUGGAAUGCCAGCCCCUCAGAGACUGUUACGUGGAUUCUAUUGUCCUUGCACCAAGAGUGAAGGAGAGGGGAGCCCUGUAGUUUUUCUGUCAAAGCAAGACCGGUGGAAGCACGCACUGGAAUCCAGCUCCAGCCCUGCUCUGGCCAAGCUCCUAGAAAGGCUCCAAUGGAGUUAGCCAGGGUCUGUCAGCGGAGAUGGUCAAAUGACAACUCUGUGUGAGCACAACCCAACUCGCCAGACGUCUGCUCUCCGUGGUGCCCUUUUCAGGAGGUCGGGGUGUGAGGAAAGCAGAAAUGUUCCCUGGCCAAACACAGGGGAUGGCCGAGGCUGCUGAAGUGGGUUUCUCCAGAUCUCUCUCCGGCAUCUCGGAUACAGUCCAAGUACGAUUGUAUUGAGUCAGACCUCCAGCCAGGAACUCAGCUGAACACUAGGGGUGGUAUAUAACCCAAUACGCAAUGGGACAUCCAUGCCUCUCACAGGUGACCUGUGUCUCAGACUUCCAUUAACGCUAAGGGGAACUGGGGACAUGUAGCUAGCUGGGGAAUAGACUCAGCAGACACACAAGUUGCAUGCAGGUGAUGUGACGUUUAAAACAUGAGGUACAGUUGAAACACCUGGUGUAAAGUCUCAUGAAUGAGCUGCUUAGACCUUCAAUGCAGAAGAUGGACCAGGAGCCCAGUCUUCAAAUCCUGUCCUCUGCUACAGAUACAUUCCAACUUUCAUGUGUAUUUUAAUGCCAUUUUUUCUAUUUUUAAAUGGGUGGUGUCCAGUCUAAACCACUUGGGACCUCCCAAAGUGCCUUGCCUUGGGAAUCAAAACCUGCCUCUUCCCAGAUAUUUUAUUGAGAAUGUUAUACAAAUGUUUAAAAUAUGCUUCUAAGAAUAAAUAAAACCCAGCUUUAUUUAAAGCUA